AUGAAGCAGCUGUGUGCUCUCACUAUUUUCUUUUUGCUCCUGAAUUUUACUCUCAUCUUGUGUAGUUUGACAGAACCCAUUUGCUUUUGGAGGAUAAAGAGCAGUGAAGAUUAUGAUGGAGAUUUGCAAGGUGAUUGUUGUUUUUACCUGCUGACAAUGGAUGNACCUAUUCCAGAAAAUUAUUAUAAUAUAUAUUAUGAUUUUAGAACACAAGCAAGAAAAUAUGAGUUUUAUCUGGUAAUGUUUCUUGCUAUUGAUGAGAUCAACAAGAAUCCUUAUCUUUUAUCCAACGUUUCUUUGACAUUUGACAUCAUUAGUGGUUACUGUCAAGAACCAUUGGGAAAACUGAAUUUAGAAUAUACACAGAUAGAUGGAAGUAUGACUUUGGUUAAUUACGUCUGUGUAGGAGAUUAUACAUGUUACAUAGACCUUACAGGACCAUCAUGGAAGCCUUCCUUCAAAAUGGCAAUUGAUACNUGGANNCCAAAGGUUUUCUUUGGGCCAUUUAAUCCUAACCUAAGUGACCAUGACCGGUUUCCCUAUGUCUAUCUGGUAGCCACCAAGGACACACACUUGUCCCAUGGCAUGGUUUCAUUGAUGAUUCAUUUUAGAUGGACUUGGAUAGGACUGGUUAUCUCAGAUGAUGACCAGAGUAUUCAGUUUCUCUCAGAUUUAAGAGAAGAAAGCCUAAGACAUGGGAUUUGCUUAGCUUUUGUGAAUGUGAUCCCAGAAACNAUGCAGAUCUACAUGACUAGGGCUAAGAUAUAUGAUAAACAAAUUAUGUCAUCUUCAGCAAAGGUUGUUAUCAUUUAUGGUGAAAGGAACUCUACUCUAGAAGUCAGCUUUAGAAGAUGGGAAGAUUUGGGUGUUCAGAGAAUCUGGAUCACAACCUCACAAUGGGAUGUCACNUUACAUAAAAAAGAAUUCANCCUUGAUUUCUUCCAUGGUACUAUCACUUUUGAACAUCACAAAGCUGAGUUUGAUGCAUUUAGGAAUUUUAUGCAAACAAUGAACACUUCCAAAUACCCAGUCAAUAUUUCUCAUACUAUACUGGGGUGGAAUUAUUUUAAUUGUUCAAUGUCCAAGAACAUCAGUAAAAUGGAUAAUUUUACAUUCAACAACACAUUAGAAUGGACAACACUGCACAAAUAUGACAUGGCCCUGAGUGAUGAAGGUUACAAUUUGUAUAAUGCUGUUUAUGCUGCAGCCCACACCUACCAUGAACAUAUUCUUCAACAAGUUGCAUCUCAGGAAAGGGAAGAUCCCAAACAAUAUUUCACUGAAUGUCAGCAGCUGUCUUCCUUGAUGAAAACCAGGGUAUUUACUAACCCUGCUGGAGAACUGGUGAACAUGAACCAAAAGGAAAAUCAGUGUGCAGGAUAUGACAUUUCCCUCAUUUGGAAUUUUCCACAAGGCCUUGGAUUAAAAGUGAAAAUAGGAAGCUAUUUUCCUUGUUUCCCACAGAACCAACAACUUUAUAUAUCUGAAGAUUUAGAAUGGGCUACAGGAGGAACUUCCGUGGGUAUUUUUAUUUUUUCAGGAUAUCUAAAUUUCAAAGUAAGGGUCACUGAAGAAAUAGUUUUGUCAGAUUGCUGCUUUGAUUGUAUUCAGUGCCCAGAAAAUGAGGUUUCCAAUGAAACAGCAGAUAUGGAACAGUGUGUGAGGUGUCCAGAUGAUAAAUAUGCCAACUUAGAGCAAACCCACUGCCUUCAAAGNACUGUGUCAUUUCUGGCUUAUGAAGAUCCACUGGGGAUGGCUCUAGGAANCAUGGCCCUGUUCUUCUCAGCCAUCACAAUUCUAGUACUAGUCACAUUUGUGAAGUACAAAGAUACUCCCAUUGUGAAGGCCAAUAACCGCAUUCUCAGUUACAUCCUGCUCAUCUCUCUAGUCUUCUGCUUUCUCUGCUCAUUGCUCUUCAUUGGACAUCCCAACCAGGCCACCUGCAUCCUGCAGCAGACCACGUUUGGAACAUUUUUCACUGUGGCUGUCUCNACAGUGUUGGCCAAAACAAUAANUGUGGUCAUGGCUUUCAAGCUCACUACUCCAGGAGGAAGGGUGAGAGGGAUGUUGAUAACAGGGGCACCUAAGUUGGUCAUUCCCAUUUGUACCCUGAUCCAACUUGUUCUCUGUGGAAUCUGGUUGGUAACAUCUCCUCCCUUUAUUGACAGAGAUAUACAAUCUGAACAUGGGAAGACUGUCAUUCUUUGCAACAAAGGCUCUGUCAUUGCCUUCUACUUCGUCCUUGGAUAUUUGGGCUCCUUGGCUCUGGGGAGCUUUGCUGUGGCUUUCUUGGUUAGGAACCUUCCUGACAGAUUCAAUGAGGCCAAGUUCCUAACUUUCAGCAUGCUGGUGUUCAGCAGUGUCUGGAUCACCUUCUUCCCUGUUUACCACAGCACCAGGGGGAAGGUCAUGGUGGUUGUGGAGGUNUUCUCCAUCUUGGCUUCUAGUGCAGGGUUGCUAGUGUGCAUCUUUGUCCCAAAGUGUUAUGUUAUUUUAAUUAGACCAGAUUCAAAUUUUAGACAGAACCAAAAAGGUAAAUUGCUUUAUUGA